AUGAGAGAAUUGGAAGCUAAAGCGACCAAAGACGUGGAGAGGACUCUUAGCAGGGAUUUAGUGCAAGAAGAAGAACAGUUGAUGGAAGAAAAGAAAAAGAAAAAAGACGACAAGAAAAAGAAGGAAGCUGCUCAAAAGAAGGCCACUGAACAAAAAAUCAAAGUGCCAGAACAGAUAAAGCCCAGUGUAAGCCAGCCUCAGCCUGCCAACUCUAAUAACGGCACUUCCACAGCAACCAGCACUAAUAAUAAUGCCAAACGAGCCACAGCCAACAAUCAGCAGCAGCCGCAGCCGCCACAGCAGCAGCCGCAGCAGCCACAGCCACAGCCACAGCAGCCGCAGCCACCACAGGCCUUGCCUCGGUAUCCUCGUGAAGUACCACCACGAUUCCGCCACCAGGAACAUAAGCAGCUUCUAAAGAGGGGUCAGCAUUUUCCUGUCAUAGCAGCAAACCUGGGAUCUGCUGUUAAAGUGUUAAGCAGCCAGUCAGAAAGCAGUGCUUUAACAAACCAACAGCCACAAAAUAACGGAGAGGUGCAGAACAGCAAAAACCAGUCAGAUACUAAUCUCAACGCUUCCGAAUCUCAUUAUGAAAAUUCACAGCGGGGACCUGUGUCAUCUUCGAGCAACUCCAACACAGACUCUAAGGAUGCUGUUGUAAACAACUCCCCUGAGAAAGAAGCAUGGCCCUUGGUCCCUGGCAGUGAUCCAGAGUUAGCUUCAGAAUGCAUGGAUGCUGAUUCUGCCUCCAGUUCUGAAUCAGAAAGAAACAUCACUAUCAUGGCUUCAGGGAGCACAGGUGGUGAGAAAGAUGUCCUUCGAAACAGCACUGGACUUGGUUCCCAAAACAAGUUUGUGGUUGGCGGCAGCAGCAAUAGUUUGGGUCGUGGAAGUAGUACUGGGCCCUGGGGCUUCUCCCAUGGAGCCGUGAUAAGCACAUGUCAGGUCUCUGUGGAUGCUCCUGAAAGCAAAUCAGAAAGUAGCAACAAUAGAGUGAAUGCUUGGGGCACUGUAAGCUCUUCAUCAAAUGGAGGGGUAAAUCCAAGCACUUUGAGUUCAGCUAGCAACCAUGGUGCCUGGCCAGUAUUAGAGAACAACGGACUUGCCCUAAAAGGGCCUGUAGGGAGUAGUAGUCCUGGCAUCAAUAUUCAGUGCAGUACCAUAGGCCAGAUGCCUAACAAUCAGAGUAUUAACUCUAAAGUGGGUGGUUCUUCUACCCAUGGUACCUGGGGAAGCCUUCAGGAAACUUGUGAAUCCGAAGUAAGUGGUACACAGAAGAUUUCAUUCAGUGGUCAACCUCAGAAUAUCACCACUGAAAUGGCUGGACCAAAUAACACUACUAACUUUAUGACCUCUAGUUUACCAAACUCCGGUUCAGUACAGAAUAAUGAGCUGCCCAGUAACGCGGGGGCCUGGCGUGUGAGCACAAUGAAUCAUCCUCAGAUACAGGUUCCAUCGGUUAUGAAUGGCACUUCCCUUCCUCACCUUAGCAACGGGGAGUCAAAAAGUGCAGGCUCUUAUGGUACUACCUGGGGUGCCUAUGGUUCUAACUACUCUGGAGACAAAUGUGCAAGCCCCGACAGCCAAGCUGAUGGUGACACUGUGAACACAACUCUGAUGCAGCCUGGCAUGAAUGGGCCUGUGGGCACGAACUUUCCAGGCAACACAAAUAAAGGAGGAGGCCUCUGGGAGUCUGGGCCCACAAAUUCCCAGGGUGCAUCCUGGGGAAGUGGAAAUGGUGCAAACUUGGGAGGAAGUCGAAGAGGAUGGGGAACUCCUGCACAGAACACUGGCACUAAUGUACCCAGCGUGGAGUGGAGCAAACUGCCUGGCAAUCAGCAUUCCAGUGACAGUGCAAACGGCAAUGGUAAGAAGUUUACAAAUGGAUGGAAUUCUACUGAGGAAGAGGAUCAGGGUUCUGCCACAUCUCAGACAAAUGAGCAAAACAGCAUGUGGGCCAAAACAGGAGGUACAGUGGACAGCGAAGGUAGCACAGAGAGCACUGGACGCCUCGAAGAAAAAGUAACUGGGGAGACUCAGAGUAGAGACAGAAGAAGAAUUGAUCAGCACACAUUACUCCAAAGCAUUGUUAGCAGAACUGACUUAGAUCCACGUGUCCUAUCCAACUCUGGUUGGGGACAGACUCCUAUUAAGCAGAAUACUGCCUGGGAUACUGAGACAUCACCUAGAGGGGAAAGAAAGACUGACAAUGGGACAGAGGCUUGGGGGAGCUCUGCAACACAGACUUUUAACUCAGGGGCGUGUAUAGACAAGACUAGCCCUAACAGUAAUGAUACCUCAUCUAUAUCGGGGUGGGGAGAUCCCAAGCCUGUUCUGAGGUGGGGAGAUUCCAAAGGCUCAAACUGCCAGGGGGGAUGGGAAGAUGAUUCUGCUGCUACAGGAAUGAUCAAGAGCAAUCAGUGGGGGCAUUGCAAAGAAGAGAAGCCCAUGUGGAAUGAUUCACAAAAGAACAAACAGGGCUGGGGUGAUGGACAGAAGUCAAACCAAGGGUGGUCUGUUUCUGCCAGUGAUAACUGGGGAGACACGUCAAGGAGUAACCAUUGGGGUGAGGCUAAUAAAAAAUCUAGCUCAGGAGGUAGUGACAGUGACAGGUCUGUUUCUGGUUGGAAUGAACUUGGUAAAACUAGUUCUUUUACGUGGGGAAAUAAUAUAAAUCCAAAUAAUUCAUCAGGAUGGGAUGAAUCUUCUAAACCUAACUCUUCCCAGGGGUGGGGAGAUCCUCCAAAGCCUAGUCAGUCGCUGGGUUGGGGAGAUUCAGCAAAGCCAAUCAGCUCUCCAGACUGGAACAAGCAACCAGACAUGGUUGGGUCUUGGGGAGUCCCUCCGGCUCCAGGCAAAACCUCCGGGACAGGCUGGUUGGGAGGACCUAUUCCAGCCCCAGCAAAAGAAGAAGAACCCACAGGCUGGGAGGAACCAUCCCCGGAGUCCAUACGGCGCAAAAUGGACAUUGAUGACGGAACCUCAGCCUGGGGAGAUCCCAGCAAAUACAACUAUAAGAAUGUGAACAUGUGGAACAAAAAUGUCCCAAACGGCGGCAGCCGCUCAGACCAGCAAGCACAGGUGCACCAGCUGCUGCCGUCCGCAAGUGCCAUCUCAACCCCAGAGGCAGGCGGCGGUUCCGGCUGGGGUGAGCCCUGGGGGGAGCCUUCUACUCCAGCCACAACUGUGGAUAAUGGUACUUCAGCAUGGGGUAAACCCAUAGACAGUGGUCCCAGCUGGGGGGAACCCAUCGCUGUGGCAUCCAACACUUCCACGUGGGGCUCCAGCUCUGUUGGUCCACAAGCGUUAAGCAAAUCUGGACCAAAAUCUAUGCAAGAUGGCUGGUGUGGUGAUGAUAUGCCAUUGCCUGGAAAUCGCCCCACUGGCUGGGAAGAGGAAGAGGACGUGGAGAUUGGAAUGUGGAAUAGUAAUUCAUCUCAAGAGCUUAACUCGUCUUUAAAUUGGCCACCAUAUACAAAGAAAAUGUCAUCGAAGGGUCUGAGUGGCAAAAAAAGGAGAAGGGAAAGGGGAAUGAUGAAGGGUGGAAACAAACAAGAAGAAGCAUGGAUAAAUCCAUUUGUUAAACAGUUUUCAAAUAUCAGUUUUUCGAGAGACUCACCAGAAGAAAAUGUGCAGAGCAAUAAGAUGGACCUUCCUGGAGGAAUGUUACAAGACAAACGAAUGGAGAUAGAUAAACAUAGCCUAAAUAUUGGUGAUUACAAUCGAACGGUCGGGAAAGGCGCUGGUUCUCGGCCUCAGAUGCCCAAAGAGUCUUCCAUGGAGCGCAGCCCUUAUUUUGAUAAGAAUGGCAAUCCCAGUAUGUUUGGUGUUGGAAACACAGCAGCACAACCCCGGGGCCUGCAGCAGCCUCCAGCACAACCUCUCAGUUCAUCUCAGCCUAAUCUCCGUGCUCAAGUGCCUCCUCCAUUACUCUCCCCUCAGGUUCCAGUUUCAUUGCUGAAGUAUGCACCAAACAACGGUGGCCUGAAUCCGCUCUUUGGCCCUCAACAGGUAGCCAUGCUGAACCAGCUCUCCCAACUCAACCAGCUUUCUCAGAUCUCCCAGUUACAGCGGUUUUUAGCACAGCAGCAAAGGACGCAGAGUCAGAGAAGCGUGCCUUCUGGGAACAGGCAGCAGCAAGACCAGCAGGGUCGACCUCUUAGUGUGCAGCAGCAGAUGAUGCAACAGUCUCGCCAACUUGAUCCAAACCUGUUGGUGAAGCAGCAGACGCCACCAUCUCAGCAGCAGUCACUCCAUCAGCCAGCCAUGAAAUCUUUCCUUGAAAAUGUCCUGCCCCACACUACACCUGAGCUGCAAAAAGGGCCAUCUCCAGUAAAUGCUUUCAGCAACUUCCCUAUAGGCUUGAACUCAAACUUGAAUGUAAAUAUGGAUAUGAACAGUAUUAAAGAGCCACAGUCAAGACUAAGGAAGUGGACUACAGUGGACAGCAUUUCUGUGAACACAUCUUUGGAUCAAAACUCCAGCAAACAUGGUGCUAUUUCAAGUGGUUUCAGGCUGGAAGAGUCUCCGUUUGUUCCCUAUGACUUCAUGAACAGCAGUUCUUCGCCAGCCAGCCCUCCAGGCUCAGUGGGAGAUGGCUGGCCACGUGCCAAAUCGCCCAAUGGCUCUAGCAGUGUUAACUGGCCACCAGAAUUUCGCCCUGGUGAACCAUGGAAAGGUUAUCCAAACAUUGACCCAGAAACUGACCCUUACGUCACUCCUGGCAGUGUCAUCAACAAUCUUUCAAUUAACACUGUGCGGGAAGUUGACCACCUCAGGGACAGGAACAGUGGGUCAUCCUCAUCCUUGAACACCACGCUGCCUUCAACUAGUGCCUGGUCAUCCAUUCGUGCCUCCAACUACAACGUUCCCCUCAGCAGUACAGCACAAAGCACUUCAGCCAGAAGUAGUGAUUCCAAAUUGACGUGGUCUCCGGGGUCAGUCACAAACACCUCUCUGGCCCACGAGCUGUGGAAGGUCCCUUUGCCACCUAAAAACAUCACUGCUCCAUCCCGUCCACCUCCGGGGCUCACUGGUCAGAAGCCUCCCUUGUCUACGUGGGAUAAUUCUCCUCUUCGUGUAGGUGGAGGAUGGGGAAAUUCUGACGCCAGGUAUACCCCAGGGUCCAGCUGGGGUGAGAGCAGCUCAGGGAGAAUAACAAAUUGGCUUGUUCUAAAAAACCUUACACCUCAGAUCGACGGCUCGACUCUGCGCACCCUGUGCAUGCAGCAUGGCCCCCUGAUAACAUUCCACCUGAACCUCCCGCACGGAAACGCUUUGGUCCGCUACAGCUCCAAGGAAGAGGUAGUGAAGGCACAGAAGUCUCUGCACAUGUGUGUGCUGGGGAACACUACUAUUCUUGCUGAGUUUGCCAGUGAAGAGGAGAUCAGUCGUUUCUUUGCACAAAGUCAGUCUCUGACCCCUUCCCCUGGCUGGCAGUCCCUCGGGUCCAGCCAGAACCGGCUGGGCUCCCUCGACUGUUCCCACCCGUUCUCCAGCCGGACUGAUCUCAGUCACUGGAAUGGUGCUGGGCUGGCGGGGACUAACUGUGGAGACCUCCAUGGCACUUCCCUCUGGGGGACCCCCCACUAUUCCACAAGCCUGUGGGGCCCUCCAAGCAGCAGUGACCCCCGAGGAAUGAGCAGCCCCUCCCCCAUCAAUGCUUUUCUUUCUGUUGACCACCUCGGCGGGGGUGGAGAGUCCAUGUGA